UGUAAGCGAUCGAACAAUACUUUUGCACAUUCAAAGUAUAAUACUGUGUUCGAUCAGAACUCUUAUGAGUCAAUCAAUUUUUGCGUAGUUUUUGGAGAGUGACUGAUUAGUUGUCUGAGAGUUGUAGUUGGGUGACAGGACGCCUCAACACCUCGAUUUCAUGGUUAUGUAACCUGCCCCAUCAGCACCGAGGACCGCACCUCAACCUGGACACUCACUCCCCGCAACCAGCACAUCAACCAUCAAACACCGAUGCCAACGGAACUUAUCAACGCUAGGCAGUUGAGUUGAAUUCGCAUUGAGUCUCAUCUGCACAACGAUCAUGUAGCGGAGUUUCCGUCGUUGCCACGAUGGUGCUCUCGCUACCUGUUCCAAGCUUCUCUAGAUCCACGACGGCCUCCCCCGCGCCCCGGUCCAGCAACAGCAACAGCAACAGCAACAGCAGCGGCAGCGGCAGCGGCAGCAAUAGCAACAAUCAAUCAACAACCCUUAGCGAAGCCCUCCGGAACAACCCGUUCGGGAAUACAUUUCGGUCGCGUGCCAUCGCAGCCCUGACGUCAAACACCCAAGCCGAGAACGCGAAGCAGGAGCAGGAAGAGCUCAACAAUGCGCUGGAGACACUAGCCCGGAUCUUCCCAGAUGUGAAGAUCGAGGUCUUCCGCGAACUGCUUGUGCGGUUUGACGGGCAGAGCAGGUUGCAGGUGUGCGUGGAGCAGCUUCUCCGGCACAAGAAUGAAUGGGUGGCUGGGCGGUGGAACGUCCCGACGGGGACCGGAGGCGAAGCGGGUGAUGGUGAUGUUUCACGAGAACACGAUCCGCGUGUGGUGCCGCCCGAGGAACGGUUCCGGAGCGACGAGUACAAGGCUUCUGUGAAGGGUGUGCUGGCGAAGGAGUUCAGUGGCCUGAGCAGGAGUACGGUCGAGGCGGUGCUGGCCGAGGCGAACUUUUGCUACAUGCGGGCGCGGCCGACACUGAAGGAGCUCUCGAGGCGGACGUGGCGGGCGACGCUCAAUAAUAUACUUCCUUCGUUUAAACGCAAGAAGGACAAGGACGAGCAUCCUCUGGUGGUAUGGCAGCGGGGUGCGGAUGGGCAGCUGGUGCCUAGGCUGAAGGAGACGGGAUGCGUCGAGCUGGAUAGGGAGUUAUAUGAGGCUCUGCUUGCGCCUUUGCUGCGAGUGAGGAGAGAGGAACAGGAGGAGAAAGACUUCAAGUUGGCCGAGGAGCUCAAUGAACGCGAAGCACAGGCGGUUGAUGCACUGUAUGAGUGUGAGUGCUGUUUGGCCGAUGUGACCUUUGAACAAAUCUCCACUUGCUCAGUCGACUCCCACAUGAUUUGUUAUAGCUGCAUACAGAGAACUGUCCACGAGGCUCUAUUUGGACAAGGAUGGGGGAAGUCGGUGGACGUGGAGAGAUCGACUUUGAAGUGUAUCGCGCCGAUUGCCCACGGUAGCUGCGAGGGCAGCUUGGAUCCUGAGACCGUCAAGCGAGCUAUAAUCAUGGAAAAGGCUGGCCUCGAGACCUACUGCAAAUUCGAGACUCGGCUGGCUUCGGAGUCUCUAAUGAAGUCGCAGUUGAAACUUGUCCGCUGUCCGUUCUGCUCUUACGCCGAGGUUGAUCCCGUUUACCAUCCUUCUGCCAAAGGAAUUGCCUGGCACUUUCGUCGUGAUGGACUCUUGUCUACGAUCUUGAUGACUGUUAUACUUCUCGAUAUGAUACCUUUGCUCGCCAUCCCGCUGAUCAUUCUAUACUUACUGGAUCCUACGGCUGUGCCGACUAUCCUCAAGAAUUCGCUUCUCAAUCUGUGUCUCAAGGUUCGACCAAAAAGAUUCACCUGUGCCAAUCCUCUUUGCCGUCGCGUCAGUUGCAUCACCUGCCAGAAACCGUGGCGGGAUCCUCACAUCUGUCAUGAGCCCCUGUUGCUCGACCUUCGGGCUACUGUUGAGGCCGCGCGCACAGCUGCGGUGAAGCGCACAUGUCCUCGGUGCGGCUUGUCCUUUGUCAAGUCGUCCGGCUGCAACAAAUUGACCUGCGUCUGCGGGUAUUCCAUGUGUUAUCUCUGCCGCAAAGCCCUUGGGUCGUCACUUCCAGCAGCAGGACAAGCCCGAAUGCCUCGCCUUGUAGCUGGUAUCUUCAACCAGGAGAACGUCGCACCGGCUGGGGGCAAGAUCCUAUCGACAACGACCGGAAUGGCCUCGAUGGAGAAGAUGCAGAGGAAGGCUACAAGCACUUCUGCGAGCACUUCCGCAUCAAUCCGGGAUCGAGAUGUACAGAAUGCAACAAAUGCGAUCUGUACCAGGCCGAAGACGAGGAGGCUGUUGCGCGCCGAGCAGGUGAGCGAGCAGAACGUGAGUGGCGGGCUCGGCAGGGCGCCUCGGCCGCCGGGGUUGCGGUUGGGGCUUUGCAAGUCAACAACGAUUUCUCAGCAGACACCCAGAGGAAGUCCUGGUGGCUCCCGUUGCAUCAAGGCAAGGGCUGGGGAUACUGGCUCAACGAGGUGUGGCAUGACGGGCAGUGGAAACUGGAAGCACAGGCUUUGGUGGACUGGGUGGUGGAGCAAGUGGUCGUUAUUGAUGAAACAUGAUUUUUCUGGCCGUCUUGCAUUUGCCUGCUAUACACCUGGUGGGCGUUGCAUUGUUUCGUUCAACCUGGGGCAUGGGCAUGGGUACACAAAAGGAAGUUGGGCCAGAUUGUUUUGGAUUUGACGACGUGACGACUACUGUUACCUGGAUACCUUUUUUUCUCCUCACUUGAAUUAAUAAUGGAUGAGUUCGAUUAUUCUAGUUUACCACUCUUAUCAUCUCUAAACCACGGUACAAAUUAACCGAGACCGAUAGCUAGCAAGCGUUCUUCUCAUCGUCCGCACCGGCCACCCUCUUCUUCGCCUCCUCCUUCAAUUUCGCAUCAUCGGCCCUAUUCAACUCAACCUGUGGCAUCAGCGCAAACGCCAAACAGAACGCAAAUGCCGCCAGUGCGCCGCCAAUUACGAAAAUGAUCCUGAAGCCCCGCUUAUACGCUGGUAUGACCAAGGCACGCACGCGCUCUGCCUCGUCCG